AUGAGCGGAAGCAAAUACUCGUUUUCGUUGACGACGUUUUCCCCAUCUGGGGAACUCGUCCAAAUCAAACACGCUUUAGCGGCAAUUACGGCUGGAGCGACGUCGUUAGGGAUUAAAGCCACGAAUGGAGUGGUUUUAGCCACGGAGAAGAAAAUGCCCUCGACUUUAGUGGAAGAAACCAGCAUCUCGAAGAUUCAAUUGUUAACGGACGAGAUUGGGAUCACGUAUUCUGGCAUGGGUCCAGAUUUUAGAGUCUUGACGCGAAUGGCGCGCAAAGACACGCAGGUGUAUUAUAGAACGUAUCAAGAAAGCAUCCCGUGUUCACAAUUAGUUCGAGAAACAGCAACAACCAUGCAAGAGUUCACGCAACAAGGUGGGGUUCGACCGUUUGGUGUGUCAUUGUUGAUGGCUGGGUACGACGCGAACGGGCCGCAACUGUACCAAGUGGAUCCGAGCGGGUCGUAUUUUGGAUGGAAAGCGUCGGCGAUUGGGAAAAACAUGAUUAACGCGAAAACAUUCUUAGAAAAACGGUAUAGUGAGGAUAUGGAGCUGGAAGAUGCCAUUCAUACGGCGAUCUUGACGUUAAAAGAAGGCUUCGAUGGUCAAAUCGCGGCGAACAAUAUUGAAAUCGGCAUCGUCGGGGAGGAUAGAAAGUUUCGCAUUUUGACCACGGCGGAGGUUUCGGACUACUUGAGCGAGGUUGAAUAA